AUGGCCCAACGUGUUACGCUCCGAAAACGCCAACCGUACAACACUAAAUCGAACCGUCGGCGCCAGGUCAAGACGCCCGGUGGAAAGCUCGUCUAUCAUCACUUGAAGAAACCAGGAACUGCUCCAAAGUGCGGUGAUUGCGGUGUUGCGCUUCCUGGUGUUCCAGCACUCCGACCAAGGCAAUAUGCAACCAUUUCUAAGCGCAGAAAGACAGUGAACAGGGCUUAUGGUGGCAGCCGAUGCGGAGACUGCGUAAAGUCUCGAGUGGUCCGUGCUUUCCUGAUCGAGGAGGCAAAGAUUGUCAAAAAGGUCAUCAAGUCGCAGAGCCAGACCAAGAAGUAA